AUGGACCCUGGCAACAAUAACAUGGACCACGUUCGCCAGAAGCUCGCAGAUGCUGAGAUUAUUCCAACUGUCAUUGAUGAUUUCACUCCCGUCCUCGGCCUUAGGGCCGACUGGAAAUCCGUCUCGGCCUCACUCGGGAAUACCCUCAAUCCUGCAGACCUUCAAUCGUCUCCAUCGGUUCAUCUUGAUAAACCCGAGUCUCAGUUGCAUUCUGAUAUCAAGGUCGCAUCGGGUAUGACCUUUGUAAUCACCUUGACUGACCCCGACGCGCCAUCGCGCGAUAACCCCAAAUGGUCCGAAUUCUGCCACUGGAUUGCCACAGCAGUUUCGCUAUCCUCCUCUUCCGAAGCCUCUCGUCAUCAUCUUAAAGAUGUUAUAGAGUAUAAGCCUCCGGGGCCGCCACCGAAGACUGGGAAGCAUCGCUACAUCUUUCUGGUGUUUGUACCCGCCAAUGGCACCACUGACAAGCUUCAUCUUACGAAGCCUGAGGGUCGGAAGCACUGGGGCUCAGAUCAUGCAGGGCAUGGUGUCCGUGAGUGGGCACAUGAGAACGGGCUUAUUCCCAUCGCGGCCAAUUUCAUCUAUGCGCAGAACGAUAAAUAG